CUCUUCUUCUUCUACUGUCCUGUAGUCUGCGCAACACCACUGCAGCACCACAAAAGAAGAAGUUCAGUCACUGCACGCCUGUAACGAUGGCGGCCGCCUUGAGAGGAAGCUUGGUAACAUUGGUCAAGGGCCUGAGUGGCCCCAGGUGGCAGCAGUUGGCCUCUCGACCACUGAGUGUAACCGCUGGUCUCUGCAGCCCAGAGGCCCCUCCAGCCCGUGCCGAUGCUACUUUCAAGGUGACAAUGGUGCCAGGGGAUGGAGUGGGACCUGAGCUGAUGACUGCAGUCAAGGAAGUGUUUAAGGCAGGAGAUGUCCCCGUUGAAUUUGAGGAGUUUCACCUGAGUGAGGUACAGAACAUGGCAAGUGAGGAGAAGCUGGACCAAGUGUUGACUUCUAUGAAGACCAACAAAGUGGCCAUGAAAGGAAAGAUUCACACACCCAUGGAGUUCAAAGGAGAGCUGGCUUCAUAUGAGAUGAGACUGAGGCGUAAACUGGAUCUGUUCGCUAAUGUGGUUCAUGUGAACAGCCUGCCGGGCUACAGCACCCGCCACAACAACCUGGACCUGGUGAUCAUCCGUGAACAGACGGAGGGGGAGUACAGCUCCUUGGAGCACGAGAGUGUGUCUGGUGUGAUUGAAUGCUUGAAGAUCAUCACCAGAGAAAAGUCACGACGCAUUGCCAAGUUUGCGUUUGAUUAUGCCACCAAGAAAGGGAGAGGCAAGGUGACUGCUGUUCACAAGGCCAACAUCAUGAAACUGGCGGACGGCCUGUUUCUGCAGAGCUGUGCAGAGGUGGCACAACUGUACCCCAAAAUUAAAUACGAGAACAUAAUCAUCGAUAAUUGUUGCAUGCAGCUGGUCCAGAAUCCAUACCAGUUUGAUGUGCUGGUGAUGCCCAACCUCUACGGUAACAUCAUCGAUAACCUGGCAGCAGGGCUGGUUGGAGGAGCCGGAGUUGUUCCUGGGGAAAGCUACAGUUCAGAGUACGCUGUGUUCGAGACUGGUGCACGCCACCCCUUCGCACAAGCUGUUGGAAGGAACAUAGCAAAUCCCACAGCCAUGCUGCUCAGUGCUUCUAACAUGCUCAGGCACCUAAAUCUGGAAUAUCAUUCCCAAAUGGUGUCAGAUGCUGUCAAGAGGGUCAUCAAACAGGGCAAGGUGCGCACUUCAGACCUGGGGGGCUAUGCCACAAGCGACGAGUUCACCCGGGCUGUCAUUGCUAACCUGACAGCCUGAGCACUGUAUGUGCGAAUCUGUCAGCUGCUGAGAUGCGCACAUGCUGUUUUAUUUACCUCCUGUUAACUGACUGAUUGUACGCAUACAGAAUAUUCCAGCCACAGCGAUUCCAGCUUUAACGCUUUAAAUGUAGACUUAACGCACAACUAUGAUUUUAACAAACUGGUUUACAGCUUAGAUAUCUAACAUGAAAAAUAAUGUGUUGAACAUUCAAGUCUUAUCAGUACAAAAAGUGUUUCUAUGCUGCUUACUGGCUUUUUUUUUCUUUGGCAACAUUCUGUAAUUUCUCCUGAAUGGUUUUAUGUCUGGACAUUAACCAGGAGUCAAAACAUGAUGUAUGUAUACUUGCAUAUUAUUUAUUAACUUCCAAUUUUAAGUUUUCUUUCAUCUUCAUUUAUGCUGAGAGAUAAAUAAUAAAUGAGAUGUGACA